AUGGCUACAGACAUAGAGACACCAAGCAAAAAGAGAAAGCCGAAUUGGAGCGCGGAUGAGUGCCUAUAUCUAACAAAACUUGUGGAGGAGAACAAGGGUGUCCUACGGGCAAAGUUUGGGGCCUGGGUAACUACCCAGAGGAAGAGGGAGACAUGGCGAAUAAUCUCCGACAAAAUUAACGCUUCGUCAUGUAUCCGUCGUUCGGUGGAGGAAGUCGAGAAAAAAUGGCACAAUCUACAUAUGAAGGGUAAAACAGAGCUGUCUGACCACAGGAGACAGGCUGUGAUGACAGGUGGUGGUCCAUCUUCUGCCCCUCAGAUCAGCCCAAUUGCCGAAGCUGUAGGAAAUGUCAUCGGCCUAGACAAUGUGUCCAUUUGUGGGAUUAGUGGGGCAGUUGACACAUCAAUGAUGAUGUUACUUAAUACUGAUCAAGCCUGUUCAGCUAUUUCAAGAUCUUCAGACAAUCUACAGCCCCCCAACACUGUAACCAUGGCCACAGAAAUCCUGCCCUCAUCCAUCUUGUCAUCCUUGCCAUCAGACUCCUGUACAUAUUCAUCUCUGACAACAUCCUAUGACAGCCUCAAAAAGCAGAAACUGGAACUGGAAAUUGAAAAUUUAAAAUUACAAAACCAGCUUCUAGCUUUGAAAAUUAAGAAAAUAACUGAAAAUGAAUAUUGAUAUGUCAAAAUAACA